AUGUUUCGCUCCUUUGGGCGGAUGGUAAGUGGUGUGUCCAAACGCGGUCGAGGCCGUGGACAGGACGGCUACGCAAGUGUGGACGACACCUUGGAUGCUACACGAGACGCAAGACCUUCGUCUGAUUUCACGACAGCCACCGACAGCGAUAAAAGCAAAGAGGCUACACCCGCACAGUCAGGCACUUCUACGCCUACGAUCUACACAACCGAUACGGCUAUUUCACCCAACUCGGUGGACUCGCCUGUACCGGUACCUAUCACGAAAAGCUCGAGGUUGGGGUUGGGUGUGUCGCCUGAUGCGCGUCACAGCGGCUGGGUAGCUGGCUCCCCAGCUCCUGGCGGCAUGCCUAGCUCCUCCCCCUUAUCUACAAGUGUAACUAGCGCAGAUGGCGUUAAGACAUUUGAUAUCGAUGAUAUGAUCUCUCGACUGAUUGAGGCAGGCUAUUCUACAAAGCUGCCGAAACCAGCGCUCAAGAUCCCAGAGAUUAUGGCCAUUUGCCAGGCUGCCCGUGAAGUAUUCCUCAGCCAGCCUACUCUAAUUGAGUUGAGCCCGCCUGUAAAGAUUGUGGGUGAUACACAUGGCCAGUACCAGGAUCUGCUGCGUUUGUUUGAUAUGUGUGGAUACCCGCCAGCCGCCAACUACCUCUUCCUAGGCGAUUAUGUGGACAGAGGAAAGCAGUCACUGGAGACAAUCUUGCUUCUUCUCUGCUAUAAGAUCAAGUACCCGGAAAAUUUCUUCUUGCUCCGUGGAAACCACGAAUGUGCCAAUGUCACACGUGUAUAUGGCUUCUACGAUGAAUGCAAGCGGCGGUUGAAUAUCAAGGUCUGGAAGACGUUCAUCGAUGUAUUUAAUACGCUUCCCAUUGCAGCCAUUGUGGCCUCGAAGAUCUUUUGUGUACAUGGCGGACUGUCUCCCUCGCUGUCCAACAUGGAUGAUAUCCGACGCAUCGAGCGUCCCACAGGUGUCCCUGACUACGGCUUGCUCAAUGACUUGCUGUGGAGUGACCCAAGUGAUACUGCCCUGGACUGGGAAGACAAUGAACGAGGUGUAAGUUACUGCUUCGGGAAAGCAGUCAUUCAACAAUUUUUGGCACAGUAUGACUUUGACUUAAUUUGCCGAGCCCAUAUGGUCGUGGAAGAUGGUUAUGAGUUCUGGAACGAACGGACUUUGGUCACCGUCUUCAGUGCACCGAACUACUGUGGCGAAUUCGACAAUUUUGGCGCUGUCAUGAGCGUGUCUGAGGACUUAUUAUGUGCGUUUGAGCUGCUGAAGCCUCUAGAUGGCCCUGCUCUCAAGAAGGAAAUGGCCAAGAAUAAGAGACGAAGCUUGCUCCAACUGCAGCAGCAACAGCAACAGCAAUAG